AGUUGUCCUUGUAAGAUAUAUCAUGCUACUUGCUAGGAAGAAUAGCAGCUAAGCAGUUGUAUCAUUAACAGUUAAAUACACUUAUCUAGAACCCAGAAGCCACCUGUCAUGAGCAAACUUCAAGUACUUUCCGACGCCAGUGUGGGUGCAGUCGUUACUUUUCUUGAUUCUCUUGGCCCUGUAUGCGGAGUUGGGACUCGAGUUCUACCUGAUGCGCAGCACGGCGUCAAAUAUCAACGUUUUCAAAAAGUUCUUCCUCGAUGGAUGGAAGUGCGCGGAUGUUGCCGUAGCAGUGUUAGCGAGCAUCGACUUGUGGCCGAGUCUAAUUUUUUGUCGAAUGUUCGUAGCUGGGAAACAAGAAGACCACGAACAAGGAUAUGAACGCCUCCAAUGCGCGAACUACUCAGCGUGGCCUGAUGCAGCUUUUUUCUUGAUAAUUCGCUUUUUCCGCUUUUUACGCCUUCUGCGGGUCUACAACCGGUACAUGCACCUCAAAAGGCUGAUCAUCGCGUUUUUCAAGGGCAUUUCGCAUACGCGCCAGUUCCUUCUCCUCUUAUUACCGAUUCUAGUACCGACAGCGUGCGCAUUUACCGCGCUGGUGGGCCGGUCUGCGACCUUUGUUACGGGUUUCCACCAAAUUACAUUCCCCAGUACUAAACCAUCCCUGGCUCUUUUCCUACCAGAAAAGACGCCAGGUAUGUUCUGAGGAACGUAAUUCCGUCACCUCUAACUUUGCGGACGCAUCAACCCAGGAGGGUCAAGCGAAUUACGAGCUGUGGGGUACUGUGCCUCGUGCGAUGCUGACACUGUUUCAAAUCGGAACGAUGGAUUGGGGUGACAUCGCUCGUGCGAGUAUCGAUCGGAGACCGGUGUUGGCUCUGUUAUGAGACAAAAGACAUCAUGAAGAGAUAGAGAUAGAGAAGUACUGAAAAAAUUAUGGACAUGAAGAGAAGUGCUCAGUGUGAGUGUGAGUGUUAUUUUACAGGAAAGAUAUUUACGGAAGUGGACAGAGAACUAUGAGAACGAGUAGAGGAAUUGGAAAUGUAAAACCACGCGGUAAUAAGUUUAAAUCAGAUCAUCAAUUAUGUACAGUGCUACAUCAUACAGGAUAUUUCUACUUGUAGAAAGAUAUAACACGACCUCCUCACACCCUACCUGACCAAUGACUCCUACAGUUUCCUGAUAACCUUAAUAUCAUUCUCCCUUCAUAUUUCUUCUUUUUCGCUUACCUACUGGUUGUUGGGUACGCGUUGGCCAAUUUGUUCAUUGGUCUUGUAGGUGAUCGUCUGAACGAGGCCGCGCAGUAUGCUACAGAUGCGGAGGACAACCGACCGAUGCGGCGCUUCGGCUUUGCCGAGGCGAAGAUACGCAGGUUGCGCCACCUCGCGGCGAGCUUAGCUUUUCCCCCUCGCUCUCGGAUUUCGAGCUCUAAGGACGCUGAAGAUGGGAUGGGGAAGAUGAAUGCAACCGGGACAACAUCUUUGGCACUCGGUUCCGUAGAAAUGAUCGUUAAUUCGGAAGACGAUCCAGAGACGGAUGCGCCUGUGACGACUAGCUGUAGCUCGUCUAGCUCGGGUUGCGAAUCUACAUCAAUUGAUAAAAGUGGUAAAACUUUAAUACAAGAAGAAGCCACUGAACAACAUGUAGGUGGCAGUGACGUUGUCCCACCUGCUCCUAGGACGGCUUCAUCGAUAGCGUCGCUUCAGAGGGACAUAUUUAUUCGCGCAGCAAAGACUUCAGCGGCAGUGAAACGCACUGUUGCGCAGGUGCGGAAGCAGUUAGAAGAGCGAUCGAAACGAGAAGAUGUUUUGCGCAUACGAGCGAUGUCUUUGGAUCAGUCCUCAACGGAAAACAUGGCACCUGGCGAAGAGAUGUCCUGCCAUCGAAAUGCCAACAUCACAAAUGCAGAUGCUCGUGAAGCUUCCUGCAGAACGACGUUGGCCAAGAAGACUAAGACGCUUCCGUUGAGCCACUUUCAACGAGUCUGCGUGCGGUUCACCUACUCGGUUUGGGUAGAGCAGAGCAGUGUUUUCGUGAGAUUGCUCGCGGUUGUGCUUCUUGUGACGAUCUAUUGGGGCGACGAGAGCCACGCGAAUGGCGAUGCGGUGACUGGGACGAAAGAGCAAGUAGCCGCAUUGACUUUCUACGAUCCUGGAGGUUUCAAGAGUCCUAUGCAUCCUAAGUUCACUUGCCGCAUCUUUCUCGUCCUUUGUGUGCUGUGGACCACCGUUGUUCGGAUGUUUACAGACUACGCAGCGUGGCGGUGGGUAGCGUACGUGAAAGCGGUGGGAGAACCAGCCGUAACUGACAAGGAGAAGUCAGAAAAAGUCGCUGGAGGACGGGAGGAGGUGUCGGAUGAACUGAAAAAUGUCGAUAACCGGGCGAAGGACGUUGAAGUCGUAUCACCCUUGUGUGUCAGCAGUACAUCGACAUCCGUCACUGAAGCAGAAGAACCCAGCACACGGGAUGCACUUAUUGCCCACUGGUCUCGUCUUACCUCUCAUCUGCGCGCUUUUUCAGAACAUCUUUACCGGUUAUUCUGGGUGAAUUAUCUUCCUGUUCUCGCGCUGCGGCGCAAUAGUUUUGCUUGGGUGGAUCGUGUCUUGAAUGUGCUAGGUCUUCUCGACGUUUUGUUCGAUGCGAUUGACUAUGGAGCAGUUUUCUACGGCUUCCAGCUGUGGACACUACUGCGGCUUUUCCGUGGUGCCCGCCGCUUCAGGGCGUUGCGCGCCCUUGUAGCCGCUUUUGUGAUGGCAGCUGCGACGAUCCGGGACUUUCUCAUUUUGUUUCUCCCUAUGGUUGUGCCGUGUAGCGUCCUCAUGACGCGACUAGUGGGCCAGAACUACCAGACGUUUGCCGUCAACGAUGAUGCGCCAGAAGACGAGCUGCUGGAAGGCCAAAGCAACGUGCAAUUGUGGGGCAACGUCUUUCGGAGCAGCCUCACACUCUUCCAAAUCUCCAUUAUGCUAUCAAGUAAAGUUUAAUAAAGCCGUAGACAUAUUUAAUAUGUAUGGCCCUGCGCAAUACCUUUAUUCACUAAUGUCUCUUCAAUCAUCAUGAUCUUGGACGCAUCUAACAUGGAACGCUGUGGAUGAUGUACUUGUGAUUUAGAUUUCAUUCGAUACAACUGAGUGAUCUUUUCAUCUAAUUCCACUUUCGAUUGGGGUGAUGUCUCGCGUCCGAUGAUCGAAGCCUUCCCCAUGAUGGCGCUGUUGGUGGUUGCCUACAUCCUGAUCGUUUCUUUCGCGCUGGCAAAUCUAUUUAUCAGCCUCAUCUCGCAGAAUUUGACCGAAGUCAUGAAUAGCGCCAGAGCAGAGGGCGACGACCCGGCAUUGUCUUCUUUGCAGGUUGACGAAAAUGAAGAUGGUGCACCUGCUAGCACGGACGACGUCGAAGGAAACGCCCAGAAGCCGUCGCUCACAGACUUCGGGUGGAACAAGACGGCGCUUGCCGAGCGCGAAAAUUUCUUAGAAAGGUUGCGGGAUGAUGCACGUUACCUAUAUGCGCUGUGAUGAAAACAACUUGAGAGACGUGUGAAGAUUGCUUACCUUGCCGUGUCAAAACUAUGAUCCAUCCCGACCGACUUUCUCAUCUUGGUGUACCUGCUUUGUCGUUCAUGCCUUUCAAACUAUGCCUGACUCUACUAAGUGCUUGUCCUUAAUAGUCCUGUUACACCUCAUAAUAAUCGUUUGUGCCUUUUUUACGUAGAGCGAUGACAGAUGAUUCUCAUGUUCGUUUCUUGAAGUUACAUUUCGUUCACAAGAACAUGUAUAGUCCCUGUUCUUUCGAAUAUGCAUCGAUAGCAACCUCUCCUUCAUGCGCAUAGACACGCAACAGCCUUCUGUAUCAUUUUUUGUAAAGUUUCUCGAGCUUCACGAUAAAAAUUUGAGCAGGACUUGGUCUCAUGCUUUCGUUUCGACAUACUUUCCCACAGAGUUGACUGAACAGAUAUCUCUAUGCAGAUGAAAGUGAAACUGCUGCAGUACACCUGGAUACUGGAAAAGCAAAG